GUUGCAGUUUGUUGAUUCCUUUUGUGUGUUGGAGCCGUUUGCCAUUUGUGGAUGUGCCCAAACGGGCCGAGGGACACGCUUUAACGCUCCUGCGUGGAGUCUAUCGGGCAAUCAAAAUAAACAACAACCUAGACCAUGGGCAAGGCAGGCGCCACCAAGGGUCGUUCGCCAACGCCGACACCCAAUCGUGAUAAUGGUGGGGGCGGCACUGUGGCUGGAGCCGCGGCUGGAGGUGGAGUUGGUGGUGCAACAUCAGGCGGUGGCGGUGGCGCUGGCGGAGCAACAACAGCCGGCAGAUCCACACUACAUGCGAACAAAACGAUACUGAAAACGGUCUCCGUGUUCCUCGCCAGCGGCAAACGUAACUCGAGCAACCAACAGUCGAAGGCCGCCGCGGCUGCCCUGCAGAACAAGCGGCAGCUGCGCCAAAGGAGAAUGGAGGAGCUAAGCGGCAAAAUAAAUCCAAAGCUGCUCGACAGCCUGCGCAAGAAGACGCGCUUCAGCAAAGAUGAACUGGAUGCGCUGUGCCGCAUCUAUCGGAAGCUCGUGUCCAACUGCCAGUACGCGGCCAAGACGCUGGCCUCGAGCUCUUCCAGUGCAGCCAUUGCCAAGCCCCAUGCAGCCGUCGAGGGCAUCGAUCGCAUUGUGUUCCGGGAGCUGUUGCACAGCACCUUCGACAUUGUCACCGAGGAGAUCCUGAUGGAGCGCAUCUUCUGCAGCUGGGACAAGGCGCACGAGGGCCUGCCGCUGCGGCUCGAGGGCUGGCUGAUUGGGCUCUCGACAUUUCUGCGCGGCACUUCCACGGAGCGGGCGGGCUUCUGCUUUCGGGUGUACGAUCUCAAUCAGGAUGGAUUCAUAACCAAGGAUGAGAUGUUCACGCUGCUGCGCAACUGUCUGAUCAAGCAGCCGCAGGACGAGGAUCCCGACGAGGGUGUCAAGGAUCUCGUGGAGAUUGUACUCAAGAAAUUUGACCUCGACAAGGAUGGCAAGGUAUCGCUGGAGGAUUUCAUGGCCACAGUCAGCGCCGAACCGCUGCUGAUUGAAGCCUUUGGCCAGUGCCUGCCCACGGACAGUGCGGUCGGCUCCUUUUUCUCCACGCUGCAGGUGUAAAUCAAA